GCCAUUAAUGGAUCCCAUGAGUUACAUUCCACCUUAUUAAACUCCCCCCACCAAUUUCGCCUCUCUCUCUUUCUCUCUCUAACUCUCUCUCUCUCUCUCUCUCUCUCUCUCUCUCCUCUUCGUCUUCCUCUCGCCAUUUUCAUUACUGGAGAUCGAUCACUCAAAACUCAAAUGGGCAAAGCCUCCAAAUGGUUCAGAGGUCUCCUCGGACUCAGCACCACCACCACCAACGCCGCCCCCACCCCGAAACCCCCGCCCAAGCGGAAAUGGAGCUUCGCCAAGCCCCACCGCGAAACCGAUCCCCGGAAUUCCCAGCACCGCGGCCACCCGAACGACAACGACGACGCCAGCAAGCACGCCAUCGCGGUCGCCGCCGCCACCGCAGCAGUCGCCGACGCUGCCGUCGCCGCCGCCCAGGCGGCCGCGUCCGUAGUCCAGCUUACAAGCAGCAGCCGGGGUAUCUCCACCGCCGCUGCGCGGACCUCUCGGAGCGCCGUACACCGGCAGGAGUGGGCGGCCGUUACGAUUCAGUCCCAUUUCCGUGGAUAUCUGUCAAGAAGAGCUUUGAGGGCACUAAAAGCAUUGGUUAAGCUUCAAGCGCUUGUGAGAGGUCAUCUCGUGAGGAAGCAAACUGCGUACACUCUUCGACGUUUGCAGGCCCUCGUUCGAGCUCAAGUGCGGGCCCGGGCCGGGCGGUGCCUCAGCUCCGAUUCCCCUCAUUCGAGCAUCAAAUCGUCCCACUUCAAUUGUAAUGGCCCGCCAACUCCCGAGAAAUUCGAGCAUGUAAUUCGGGCUAGGAGCAUGAAGCACGAACAACACUUAAUUACGAUGCUCAAGAGAAACGGUUCGAACAGAACCGACAAGAUUCUCGAAAUGGAUACCGAGAAUAUUCCCCACGCCGCCACCACCAAACGAAGGAGCCUCUUCUACUCGGCCCAGCUCACUCCGGGCCCCACCCAACACUGUCGAAGCUUCUCCACGUCAAAAGACUCGAUUCUAAGCCCUUCGUCCGGUGAAGUUCAAUCUCUAAGCACUUUAAAAUUCCAACAAGAAAUCGAAGACAAUAACAACAAUAACAAUAGUCCCACGUACUAUUCCGCAUCUUCUUCGAGGGGCGGGAGCUCCAAGAGGGGGGCCUUCACCCCCACGAAGAGCGAAGCUUCUAGAAGCUGCCUGAGCGGCUACUCGGACCAUCCGAAUUACAUGGCUUACACGGAAUCUUCCAAGGCUAAGGCAAGGUCGAUUAGUGCACCGAAGCAAAGGCCCGUUCAGAUAGAGAGGUCGACUAGCUCUACGAAGAGGUACUCGGUUCACGCUAAUUUCACUACCAAGGGUUAUCCUGGUUCGGGCCGGUUGGAUAGGCUCGGUAUGCCGAUUAGAGGGGAGGUUAGUGGUGGUGGUGGUGGUGGUUAUUGGCAGAGGUAUUAGUGGGAACGUUUGGGGUUGGGUUUGGUUUUACUGAUUACUAAUUGUAGUUGGAUAGAUUGUUUUGAGGGAUAAUGUUUAAAGUGUGUAGUGACUGACAGAAAAGGUCAAGGGAAUGACUGUUUUUGAUGUGAUUAGUGUGUAAUCAUGAUUAGUGGUAAUUAAUUGCUAUGACAUUAGCAUGAAACUAACUGUACUAAAAGUUCUAAUUUAUGUGGAAUGUAACUUAUUAU